AUGUCAACUAAAGCAAGGCGACGGUUAAUGAACGACUUUUGUAAAAUCCAACAAGAUCCACCACCAGGAGUGUACGCAGUUCCGCAGGAUGAUAACAUCCUUCGGUGGCACGCUGUUAUAUUGGGUGCCGAUGGCACCCCUUUUGCAGACGGUAUUUUUAAGCUUGUUAUGGAUUUCACGGAAAGCUACCCAAAUGUUCCUCCUACAGUCAAAUUUGUAUCCAGAAUGUUCCAUCCGAAUGUCUAUGCCGAUGGUGCCAUAUGUCUUGACAUUUUACAGAAUAUGUGGUCAUCGUCCUACGAUAUCGGAUCCAUAUUAACUUCCAUACAGUCCCUUCUUGGAGACCCGAACCCCAACUCCCCUGCUAACACGAUAGCUGCUGAAUUAUUUGAAGAACACACACGAGAAUACGAAUCCAAAGUUCGCGAAACAGUUGAAGAAUCGUGGAAAUGCGAUGACCCUACAGACGCGGUAUAA